CUUUUAAUGAAAAUGAACACCAAAGGCAGUAUUAAAGUCUUAUUCAUCUGUGUGUCUCUCUUUUCCUUAACCGGCUGUAACCAAUGUCAGACCAAUAUAUUAGAAGGGGACAGUCUCUCCUUUGAACUGGCUAAUUAUAGUAAGCCGCUUGUGGAUGAUGAUCGAUUCACUAUAAAAAAAGAUAAUAAAAUCAUAGUCCCCAAAAGGAAUCGUAUACAAAAAGGACCAGGGAUUGUGGAAGGUAAUUCACUGAAGUUCCAGCAUGUGAAUCUGACCAGUUCUGGGACAUACACCAUUGAGGUUUUCGAUGUGAAAGGCACCAGCAAAACAGCAUACUCAAAAAGCAUCUGUGUAUAUGCAAAAGUCCCAAAGCCAAGAGUGAGUAUUACAUGCCUGGAAAGAAAUGUUGACGUCAGAUGUGUGGUUGAAAUCGACAACGAUCAGCGAUCAGGAAUAUCAUACAGCUGGAACAAAAAUGGAAAACAAUUCAAGAAUGUAUUAAACUUUUCAACAUCUAUUGAGGACAAAUCAACGUUCAUCUGUACUGUAUUUAAUCCUUUACAUAACAACACAAGUGAUCCAGUGCAAGCAGCAUGUAUUAAGCCGGCUACUCUCCUUGGCUUUUUCUUUGAGAUCUUAGUGGGGACCUUAGGUAGUGGUCUCAUUAUCAUACUAAUUGUGGUGGUUACUGUUGCAUGCUGCGUUGCCAGGAAGAAAAAGGAGCAAGAGCGAAUGAUGGCCCGUUUUUGCAGCAUUAAUAAUUCUCCAGCUCCUGAGAGUCAAAAAUUGUAUCAAAUCAUAAGGAGACCACUUCCACCUUUACCCUAAUUAAGAAACUUGGCACAGAUUUGAAAAAAAGCAUGACCAAUUAGGUGAAAUGCAUUUUCAACAUCCUAAGAAAAAGACCUUUUUUCUUUAUGCCCUUCCAUUAACUUAAAAUGUUCCAACUUAUUGAGAGCUCUGAUGUUUCUGAGUUCCAUGAUCGUUUUGUUGACAAAUAAGUAAAAAUGUGAUUUAAAAAAAUUAGCCAGGUGAUUUAAAGUGAGUUUCUGUUUAUACAGUGGAACCCGGUUAUGUCUAUGUCCUAGGGGGUCGCCAAAAAGCAUCGAGGUAACCGAUG